AGAAGGAGUGAGUAUUGGAGGGAAUGGAUGGGUGAGCGGUUAAUUUUAAGUUUCUCUAGCGGUGGUGGCUUGACGAAGAAGGGUGCGUAAGGUUAACCGAAUCUUUACAUAGAAAGAAACAAUAGACAAGAUAGUACAAAAGGGGAACAGAUUUUUCCACUUCUUGUUUAAUGAUCCAUGUCUAAGAUGAAACAUCUACUCAGAAAGCUCCAUAUCGGCGGUGCCAUCGAUGACCACCAGCGAUUGGCUGAGACCCGACCUGUAGCCAACCCAAGCCCCACCGCCACGGCAAACCCUUUGUCUUCAUCUUCGUCGUCUCCAACUGGUAGAAUUACGGCUGUUGAAUCUGCCGGAGGGGAUCGGAUGGCAGCGGGGGACCGGACUUGUGUGGAUUUUAAUUUAUUGGAAGAGGAGUUUCAGGUUCAAUUGGCUCUGGCAAUAAGCGCCUCGGAUCCGAAUACGCGUGAGGAUCCCGACUCCGCUCAGAUCGAUGCUGCCAAGCGGAUUAGCCUAGGAUGCCCUGUGGCUCCGCUCACCGUUACCGAUUCUCCCGUCGAGUCUCUCUCGCUUCGCUAUUGGAGCUAUAAUGUUGUAAAUUAUAAUGAUAAAGUGACGGAUGGCUUUUAUGAUGUAUGUGGCAUUACUUCAAAUUCAGUGAUUCAAGUUCAAGGGAAGAUGCCAUUAUUAGUGGAUCUGCAAGCAAUAACAAUUUUAGAUAAUGUUGAUUAUGAAGUGGUAUUUGUAAACCGCUUUGUUGACCCUGAACUUCGAGAACUUGAGAGAAAAGCUUAUAUCAUGUCCCUGCAGUGCCAAGUCUCUGAUAGCUUGCUUUUGAGUGGCUUGGUUCAGAAACUUGCUGAUCUUGUUGUUGAUAGAAUGGGUGGUCCAGUUGGUGAUGCUGAUGAGAUGUCAACAAGGUGGACCAGGAGAUGUUGUGAGUUACGGAGUGCUCUGAACUCUGUCAUUCUUCCCCUCGGAUGUCUUGAUGUAGGACUUUCACGCCAUAGGGCCUUGCUUUUUAAGGUGCUGGCUGAUAAAAUUAAUCUUCCAUGUAUGCUGGUUAAGGGGAGCUACUAUUCUGGCACUGAUGAUGGAGCCGUAAAUUUGAUUAAGAUUAAUAAUGAAAGUGAAUACAUUAUUGAUCUUAUGGGUGCUCCUGGAACACUAAUUCCUGCUGAGGUGCCCAGCAGCCAUCUCCCAAGCACUGGAUUUGAUGUAAGGGGCUUUGCUGAUCUUACUGGCAUUCCCACAGGUUCAUUGUUGCUUGGUGAAGGACCCAGGGAUCUAGCAGUUGCACCUAAUCUAGAUAGGGUUCCCCUUGUUGGCAGCUCAAGGACAGAGGAGGCAUUAUUUGUAGGCAGUAAGACAAAUGAACCAAACAUAGGCCCGGUUGAAGAAAACCAAGCUGAGACGUUUGGACAAGAGUUUGGAAAGCUUUUUCCAUCAUCUUACAAAUCACAUGAAAACUCAUCCGGGACCAGAAGGCCAUCAGCAGCAGAAAACACCAAAGUAGAAAAUGUCUCGAAGUAUGUUAUCACCGCAGAUAUGAAUCAGCAAGAUUUCAGUGAACAGAAGGUGUUAGAACAAGUCCAUCUAGAAAAUGCACAUCUAGAUGAUCAACUCCAUUGUUAUUCUGAUAAGCUCUUGUCAAGACAUGCACAGUGUCUCAUACCUUUAACUACAAAGGAUCCGUUGAACAAUCUUAGAUGUGAUACUAAGCAAGGAUGGCCUGCUGAAGGGCCAGCUAAACAACAAAGAGAAACGGAAAUGAAUUUUCUCAAGUCUGAAGUGUCUUUUCCCUCUGAUACUAAAAGUGAGGGUUUUAUAGUUGAUGAUAGAACCAGUGGACAAUUGCAGAUUGGUGCUAUCAGAGUAGAAACUGUUUCUGAUAAUCAACCAGGAAUGCUUGGAAAUCAAAUACAUGAAUCAUUCUUGUCCUCAGCGGUGAACUCUUGCCAAUUACAACCUGAAAAUGUCUUAGUCUGUGAUGAUAAACAGAGUGUGAAGUUGGUUGAAACAUUCGACAGUGGUCUACAUAUUUCGUGUAAUGGUUACAGUGAGAGAAUUCAACCAGUGCUGGGUGAGGUUGCUGAAUGGGAAAUCCCAUGGGAGGAUCUUCAAAUUGGUGAACGUAUUGGUAUUGGUUCAUAUGGCGAGGUGUACCAUGGAGAUUGGAAUGGCACUGAAGUUGCUGUGAAGAAAUUUUUGGACCAAGAUUUAUCUGGAGAUGCAUUGGUUCAGUUCAAAUGUGAAGCUGAAAUCAUGUUAAGAUUAAGACAUCCUAAUGUUGUUUUGUUCAUGGGCGCCGUUACUCGCCCACCACACCUGUCAAUACUGACAGAGUUCCUGCCCAGGGGGAGUUUGUAUAGGUUCCUGCAUCGUCCCAAUCCUCAACUUGAUGAAAAGCGGCGAAUGCGAAUGGCUCUUGAUGUGGCCAAGGGAAUGAAUUACUUGCACACAAGCCAUCCUCCCAUUGUGCAUCGAGACUUAAAGUCCCCCAAUCUCCUCGUUGACAAAAACUGGAUUGUUAAGGUCUGUGAUUUUGGAAUGUCACGCAUGAAGCACCAUACUUUUCUGUCUUCAAAGUCUACUGCUGGAACACCUGAAUGGAUGGCACCUGAAGUCCUAAGGAACGAACUAGCAAACGAAAAAUGUGAUGUGUAUAGUUUUGGUGUGAUAUUAUGGGAGUUGGCCACCUGUCAAAUCCCAUGGAAAGGCUUGAAUCCGAUGCAGGUUGUGGGAGCUGUGGGAUUCCAAAAUAAGCGGCUUGAGAUUCCAGAGGAUGUUGAUCCAGCCAUUGCCCAGAUAAUACACGAUUGUUGGCAAAGGGAGCCACACUUACGACCCUCAUUUUCACAACUUAUAUCCCGUCUGCGUCACAUUCAAAAGUUACGUGUUGAAAGAACAUAGCAUAUGAAUCAAACAACAGAAUUGGCUGGUUACUACUGAAGUUUUAAGUUGUUUCUGGGCUCAAAAGAGCUGGUGCAGCCCUUUUUUUUUUUUUUUUUUGACGAAGAAGUGUUGGUUCAUUCAAAGUGGGGACGCAGCACAAGCCUGUUGGUUGGACACAGCAUGGGGAUUCUCCUAAUUAGAUUGCAUUAAUGCAGAGGAGGAUGCCAUUGGAAAAUUGUUUUUAGCAGGACAAAUAGUUAUUGUCAUUAAACUUGCAUGUAAGAAAAUCCUAAAAUGGGAAAAAAGAAAAAGAAAGCAAAAAAAGAAAAUAAUCUUUAAAUUUAUUUUCCUUUAUUUCUUUCUUUCUUUGUGGAGGUCUUGGUUGGGUUAGCAAACCCAACUCCGGAAUUGUAAACAUUGGAUCUCUAUGGUUCAUGUGGGAAAAAAAAAAAAAAAAAGGAAAAACAGGUGAAGAAGAAAUUCUUAUGAAUUGUUUAUAUA